AACUGACCAACUUGGGAAAGGAACAUCCGUUUGUUUGAAUCAAUCAAAGAAUUCUAUCUGUCCAUUUGACUGGUUGAAAAGGUACAUCACCAUGAGGCCGAAAUUUGACGGUCAAUUAUUUAAACAUAUGGAUGGUAGUCCUCUAACAAGGUUUCAAUUCUGUUCAGUAUUAAAUAAGUGUCUUGAAAUAGCCGGUCUUCCAAACUCCAAGUACAAAUCUCACUCAUUCCGUAUUGGUGCUGCGUCAGAUAGUUUUUCUUCCGGUCAGUCAGAAUCAGAAAUUAAAAAGCAAGGUAGAUGGAGUUCAGAUGCCUUCAAACGGUAUAUUAGGAUUUAGUAUGUUCUUGAUUGAAUUUUCAUAUUUUUAUAUAGGAGAUGAAAAGGUUAUUUGGAUUGUUGGUUCUUCAAUUAUUAAAUGGGCAUUCUACUAUGCAAGAAAAUCCUUUGAUGGUGUGGAUUUAGGUUUAAAACGAAGAAAAUACAGAAUUUUUUGGCAGGGAAAGGGAGGUAUGAAAUGGUUUGACCUUAUUCCAAAAAUAAAACUUUUGUUACGUUAUGAAUCACCUCCAAAAAUUUUAAUCAUUCAUUGUGGAGGGAAUGACAUAGGUAAAAUUCCGUUGCUGCAACUACGGUCAAAUAUGUGUUCAACUCUCAAAAAUCUUGAGGAGCUACUACCCAACACAACAAUUGGUUGGUCAAAUAUUUUGCCAAGAAUUUCAUGGCGUUUUAGUUCAAACUCAAAAUCUCAAAACCUUGCUACUGUUAGACUCAAUAAUUUUAUGAAUCACUUAGUUACUGUCAAUGGUGGAUUCUUUAUCAAAUACCCAGAGAUUACUUGGGAUUCAAAUGAAAUGUUUAGUAGUGAUGGAGUUCACCUGUCGUACAUCGGUAAUUGUUUCUUGCUAUAUAACUUACAAAUGGCUUUGCAAGAAUAUGUUUUUCUAUAAAAGGUUACAUACGUAGUUUAGGCUUCAAGAUGUGGUCACACCUACAUAUAUUUUUGCGUCUCUCAUUCCACCUAACUUCGUUGGCGGUGGUUGUCAUUUUCAACGGACAACCAUUUGGCGAUUUUUCGAGACGCCUUCCAUGAUACAAUUAUUUUUUCACAACUUCUGCUGAGUAUCUGCUAACCCAGUACCAGCUUGAAUGUUGUCAGUAUUCAAAUCUUCAGGACUUUAUAAGGAUAAGGAUACAAUGUUUAUAAGGAUAAGGAUAUAAAGUUUAUAAGGAUAAGGUUUAUAAGGAUAAGGAUAUAAGGUUUAUAAGAAGUUAUGUUAUAACGAUUAAUAAAAUAUAUAUUGUAUUAUGUAGGUCGUGGCCACAAUCGCCAAAUCAAAAUAAAUGAUUUUAAGAAGUUAUAUUUGUCUUCAUCGUCUUUAAUAAUAAGAUUUAUUUCCUUUUUGAAAUAAAUCCAAUUAUUAUAGCGAUGGUUAAUACUACGUCUCAGAUCCGCGCCAUGGAUUUGAACGCGUAAUGCCCUGCCAUAGAUGACGUUAUUGUUGUUAAAUUUUGACGUCACAAUAUUUGUUAGAGUUGAAUUGAGAGGUGGGUGUUGUUUGUCUCUUAGCUUAAAAAUCCCACCCUCCCAUUCCCCUUAUUUAUAACAUCAAGUAUAUCUAUAUAAUAAUA